AAUGCGCUGACAAAACAAAUAUUUUUUUAAAUAAAAAAAUAAAUAAUUUAUCCCAAGAAAUGCGAUUGACAAAGCUCUGGCAGAAUCGCUCUCCCGGCGACCGCCACCUGAGCACAUAUUUUUGCUUUGCGGCAGUGCGGUUACUGCUGGUAUUUGUCCCCCAACUUGGCUAUGUGCAUCCGGAUGAGUUUUUCCAAAGUGUAGAGGUGAUGACUGGUGACCACUUUCGGCUGGAACACACGCGCACCUGGGAGUUCAACAAUUCUCUGCCUGUGAGGUCAAUAGUUCUGCCCUUCGCUCUCCUUCGGAUUCCAUGGAGCUUCUACGAAUUCUUGGCGGAGUGCCUGAGAGCCGGGUGGCAAUUGGAGCUCCUGGGAACCUACACCUACGUGGUGUUCCCCCGACUGAUUUACACUCUGAUCUCCUUCACCAACGACUACUGCUUGUACCGCAUUUGCCGGCUUUAUGGACUCCGUUUCGAAAUCCGCCUUUUGGCAAUGGGAAGCUCAUGGAUUCUUCUGGUUUUUGGCACCCGCACCUUCUCGAACAGCCUGGAAAUGGCCAUGUGCUCCUGGCUGCUCUGUUUGGUAUCCGAAUGCAUGCUGCGCACGAACACUGUUGUAUAUAAAAAGGAAUUUCUGGAGGAGAAGUACGACAAGGCAGAGUCCAUUAGCGAAAGAGUGCGGAUUUGGAAGCUAAAAAACUCCCUGCCGGCGCACAACCUGCAGCACCUAAUGGCCAUGUCGACGAUCUGCGUAGCUGGGGUGUUCAACAGACCCACCUUCUUGCUCUUUGGAGCGCCUAUGGUCUUCUUUUGGCUGCUACGAGGAAUGGGAACCAGAAGCAUUACCUUCAGGGACUUUAAUCUUCGCAUAGCGCUCUUCUGUUUGUGCUCCCUGCCUGCCCUGAUCCUCUUCAUCUUUUGUGACUCACUGUAUUAUCAACAUCUCACUCUCGGAGAGCUCCACAUGAUGCACUUGAGUAUCGACAACUUCGUUUUCACGCCCUGGAACUUUAUCAAAGCCAAUUUGGAUUCUGCCCAGACAGCCAGCCACGGAGUUCACCCUUGCUAUGUCCACCUGAUGGUCAAUAUGCCAAUGCUGUUUAAUGUCCUCGCUUUGGCUUCAUUGGGAGCAUUUGCCCAGCUUUUGCUGAGAUUCUUCCGGGCAGAAUACCAAGUGCUGCCUCGCUUCCAGAGUAUCGUAUCCCUGAUGUCAGGGGCCAUCUUUGUGCCACUUUUCUUUCUCUCAUUAAUCAACCACCAGGAGCCGCGCUUCCUGCUACCCGUGACCUUUCCCCUCUUACUGCUUCAUGCUCCAAAACUGAUCACAGGAUUUAGUGCCAAGUACCCUUUCCAGAAGGAUCACCCGCUGUUGCGUUGGUUCUACGACAGACUGCUUUCAAGCAAAGCUUCAGGACCUUACCUGCUUAAGAUCUGGUACGUGAGCAAUGUGGUGCUAACCCUUUUCUUCGGCUUCAUCCACCAGGCGGGCAUUUAUCCCUUGGCAGCGGACAUGUCGCAUGUGAUAGCCACUAAACCGGGAGCCACGCACGUGCACCUAAUAACAUCGCACAUCUACAGCCUACCCCUGCAUUUAAUCAACAUCCCCAGCUCGAGAGUUCUGCACUUCAAUAGGCAGACCCAUCAGCGAUAUCGCCGUCCAAGAGACUUCUAUAUGUACGAGUACGGAGGCCUUUCCUUACACUCCCUGCUGCAGAAGGUAAAGCUGAUUAGUGGAAACUGUGAAGUAAAGCAGUCGGGACCAAGUCGCCUGCGCUACAAGCUAUAUUUGGCCAUUCCGGCAUCGUUAAGUGCAGAUCUCCACGAGGCGCUGGUACACUCCAAUGCCAGCAGCUACUUGAACUUUGAAUUACUAAACGUCUUCUAUCCGCAUCUGUCCACGGAGGCAUUUCCUCGCCUGCAGGGCAGGCAUCCCUGCGAUGUGGAUGCUCCCCACUGGGCGCAUGACGACCUACGGGGUACCUGUGCCGUGGAGCAACCACCAGCGUUUAGUUUCGCCUAUCUAAACAAGCAAUUCAGCUCUUUCGUCCAUCAAUUAGGCCUGGCGCUCUACGAGAUCGAUGUAAAGCGGAAAACGCCGCGUUCUGUGUUAUUAAAGAAGACCUCGUUGUCGGAAACUCCGGUUUAG